CACUCGUCAGACGCCAAUUUCUCAGAAAUCCUGGAAAAUACAAGAAAAACCCUCCAGAAUUUUCCCGCCCGUUCUUGCGGAAGAUGGCUCCUAAAUCGGACAACACUGAAGUUAUCGUUCUCAACUUCGUGAACGAGCAAAAUAGACCUCUAAACACGCAGAAUGCGGCUGAUGCUCUGCAGAAGUUCAACCUUAAAAAGACUGCGGUUCAGAAGGCGCUGGAUAGUCUUGCUGAUGGCGGUAAAAUUUCGUUCAAAGAGUACGGUAAGCAGAAAAUAUACCUUGCUCGGCAAGACCAAUUCGAGAUUCCAAACAGUGAGGAACUUGCUCAAAUGAAGGAAGAGAAUGCUAAGCUUCAAGAUCAGCUGCAGGAGCAAAAGAAAGCAAUCAGUGAAGUGGAGUCAGAAAUCCGGAGCUUGCAGUCGAACUUGACACUAGAAGAGAUACAAGAGAAAGAUGCCAAACUAAGCAAGGAGGUUAAGGAAAUGGAACAGAAAUUGGAUAAACUACGUGGAGGAAUCACUUUGGUGAGACCAGAGGACAAAAAGGCUGUUGAAGAGAUGUACUCCGACAAAAUAAAUCAAUGGAGAAGGCGUAAAAGGAUGUUCAAAGACAUCUGGGAUGCUAUAACUGAGAAUUCCCCCAAAGAUCUCAAGGAGUUCAAGGAGGAACUUGGUAUUGAAUAUGAUGAAGAUGUUGGUGUAAAUUUGCAGUCUUUUUCUGAUCUGCUGCAAAAUGGAAAGAAACGGGCCAGAGGCCGGUAACUUCCGAGCAAGGGCAAGCUCCCAUGUCUGCACGGGCACGGGAUGUGUAGCGUACCUUGGUGGAAGAAGAAGCUUCGUCGAGUUUGAGAAUUAUAUUAUUCUCGCCAGCAAUCUCCUUAAGCAUCUUGAU